AUGCGUGUCCUAAAGCACCACCUUGUGCCAACAGGCCUGGUUGGAAUGAAAGAAAUCCGUAAGAGUAUUAAACCCUACAUUAAGGAACACCGAAUAAUUGGAAUUUGGGGUAUGAUCGGAGUAGGGAAAACAACCAUAGCUAAAAUGUUAUUUGCAAAAUCCUUUCCUCGUUAUGAGCAUGCUUGCUAUGCGGAAAAUGCAAAAGAAUAUACGCCUCAAAGGCUUCUCUCGGAGCUAUUAAGGGAAGAAAUUUCCACUGAUGUAACAGGGUUGGUGAACAGUAUUAGCAGCCUUAGCAAUAAGAAAGUUCUCAUUAUCCUCGACAAUGUGAAGGAUUCUGAUCAACCAUUGUUAGAAGCAGUGUGUGAAGGGUACAAGAGCCAUAGUAGAGAAAGUAAACUUAUUAUAACAACAACGCAUAAGCAUUUGAUUGAAAAGAGAGUUGAUUGGAUAUUUGAAGUCCAGCAAUGGAGCGAUUCAAAAUCUAUAGAGCUUCUUAGCCUGAAAGCAUUCGAGGAAACCAUCCCUCCAACGCGUUAUGAGAGUCUGGUAAAUGAGGUCGUUAAGUAUGCAGGGGGAAAUCCGUUAGCUCUGAACCUUUUGGGUUCAGAUCUUCGAUCCAAAAGCAUUCAGUUCUGGGAAAGUACUUUGGAAAAACUCGAGAAGCAUCCUGAUAAGGGCAUUCAUACUGCCUUUAAAAAGAUUUAUGAUGAAUUGGAGGAGGUAGAGAAAGAGAUAUUUCUUGACAUUGCAUUCUUUUUCCAUGGAGGAAAGAAAGAUCUUGUCACAAGCAUAUUAAAAGCCUGUGAUUUCUCACCAGUAAGAGGAAUAGAGGUCCUUCAAGAUAAAGCGUUGAUUACCAUUAUUCCAUAUAAAGAAACAAUCGAAAUGCAUGGCUUGUUAAGAAAAAUGGCUUUUGAGAUUGUACGCAAGGAAAACAGAAAAGACCCUAGAAAACGUAGCCGCUUGAGGGAUAUUGAAGACAUUUGUGUUGUACUCCAAGAGAACAAGGAGACACUUGAUACAAUUGAAGGCAUAAUAUUAGAUUUGUCUCAAAUUAAAGACUUGCAUUUGAGUCCUGGCACACUUAAAAGGAUGAAUAACUUGAGAUUUCUAAAAUUAUAUAUCCCCACGGGUCAGAGUUCUGGUAAGAUGAUCCUUCCUCCAGACCUUGAGCCAUUUUCUGGUAAAUUAAGGUACUUUGAAUGGCAUCAGUACCCUUUCAAGUCUCUUCCACCAGAGUUCUGUGCUAAGUUACUUGUUGAGAUUCGCAUGCCGCAUAGCCAUGUCAAGAAACUUUGGGAGAAGAAGCAGGUGGAACAGGAACUUCAUAAUUUAGAAGGGAUCGACUUAAGUGAAUGCAAAGAGUUAGAAGAGCUUCCAGAUUUGUCUGGGACAAAAAGACUCAGAUGGGUGAAUCUCUCUGGUUGUGAGAGUUUGUCGAUUCUUCAUUCAUCUGUUUUUUCCUCCAACACGCUUGUUUCUUUGAUACUGGACAGGUGCACAAAUUUGCAGUGUGUUAAGGCCGAAAGGCAUCUGAAUUCUCUGCAGCAGAUAAGUGUCAAAGGCUGCUCAAAUCUCAAAGAAUUUGCAGUAUCAUCAGAUUUAAUUGAAAACUUGGAUUUGAGUUACACAAAGGUUGAAAAGCUGGACGAAUCAAUUGGGAACCUGCAGAAGCUCAAAUGCCUCAAUCUAGAAGGUUCAAGAGUUAAGCAUCUUCCAAAGGAGCUAUCAGCACUAAAAUUGCUUAAGGAGUUGAAGCAUUCAUAUAGUGGACUAGUAAUUGACAAGCAGCAGCUGCAAGACCUAUUUAACGGCUUACACUCUCUACAAAUACUACAUUUGAAGGAUUGUAGGAACUCAUUUGAAUUCCCCGACAACAUCAACGCCAUAUCAAAAUUGCGCGAGUUAAGGCUAGACGGAAGCAAUGUGACCAGGUUGCCUGCAACCAUCAAGUGUCUUCAAGAGUUGGAAAUUUUGUCCCUAAAGAAUUGCAGGUGUCUUAAGACACUGCCAGAGCUUCCAGACUCUAUCAAGGAGUGCUCUACCGAUAACUGCAUAUCAUUGGAGUCUGUAUCAGAUCUAAAGCCUCUGGCUACAAAGAUGGUGGGAAAGAUGAAACGCAUCUCAUUCAUUAAUAGCUUGAAGUUCUCGGCAGGAGACACAUUGCAUUCGAUCAUGGAAGGCAUCCAUACAACAAUGGUGAGUGCUGUAUCUAGCAAUGUCACGGUAAGAAGCUAUGCAACCAAAGUCCAUAGCUACAAUUACAAUAGUGUGGAGGUUUGUUUGCCCGGAGACACAAUCCCAGAGCAAUUUGCAUAUAAGACUGAGAAAUCCUCCUCCAUAACAAUUGAACUCCCAGACUCUCCUUCCAACUUUCUUGGCUUUAUCUAUUCAGUUGUUCUUUCACCGCGUCAUGGAAUGAAGAAGCACGGUGCCAAAAUCCGAUGCGAAUACAACAUUACAGGAGGCACGAAUUCUAUGUGGGAGGACAUAACCAUAAGUGAAUUGAACUCAGAUCAUUUGUAUAUAUGGUAUGAUCCAUUCCUCACUGACAAAAUUCUUGGACAACAUAAGCCAAGUUUUCAUCUUGAGUUCAGUAUUGUUACUGACACCGGAGAAGUUGAUGACUCCAUCAUUAUUAAAGAGUGUGGUGUUCAAAUCAUAAAUGAAUCAGACUUGCAGAGAUUUUUGCUGGAAUUAGAUAAGAAGAAAAAGGACAUGGAGGAGGAAUCAUCAAAGCAACAAAGAGAAAUGAAUGAACAAUCAUCUUUUGAUAGGAAAACCGGUCAAGACCACACUAGCAAUGUAGAACAAACGGAAGGUCUUGGGCAACAAAACCUAGGUUCUAAGAAACUGCAAGAGCUGCGCAAAGAAAAAAAGAUUGUGCAUGCCCAACCCAUUAAUUCCAGUUUACCUUCACAUGGCGUGAUCGUGGCUCCUAAGCUGACUGUGAAAGAACUCCGCCGCCACUUGAAGAAGGUAGACAAGAAUGCAAAAGUUGAAGGCAACCCUGCAAGAGCAACUCAAGCUACAAAUUUAGCUAUGGAAACUUCUUACUCUUCUCAUUCGAAGAUUAAAGGCAAAAGAGUAGAAGAUAUCCGUUUGAACCAGGUUCCAACCGAAAAUGCUUCUACUUCUAUUGCACAAACUCGUGAUAAAAUUGCCAUUCCCUCCUUGGAUGAUCCUCAAGUUGCUCUGGAGUUGCUAAAACACUUCGAUGCAUCAGCUAAACGCUUCCAAAUAACAGAGUUUGUGGACAAUCAUGUUCUGUAUCCAUAUGAUCAUUCUAUAACAAAAGACCUUGAUGUUUCGGCACUUUGUCGUUGGCUUCAAGUUCAAGGGCUUCGUUCAGUGAGCGUUGCGAGAUACGCAGAGAUGAAGUUCGAAGCAGCCAAACGGGAAAGAGAGGAAGAAUUAAGACUUGCAAGAGAAGAAAAUGCAAAGUUUGAAGAAGCUUUGAAAAGAAUGGAGGACAGGAUUUCACAUGUUGAAUCGUUGGAGAAAAGAGUUGAUGAUUUGAAUUCGGAGGUGGCUUCUUGGAGAAGUAAAUAUGAAGAAACUGAAAAGUCGCUCAAAGAAACCGAAAAGAAACUUGAAGAUGAGAAAGAUGUAGGAGCUCAGAAAGAAACUCGUUGGAAAAGAAGAGAGAGUGAGCUGAUUACGGAAGCGGCAACUUGCUCGUUUGAAAAUUGCAGAUCGCAGGUUUCCAUUUUAUACCCUGACAUUGAUUUAAGUAGGCUUGGACCUUUCAAGGAGAUUCAGAAUGGGCAGAUAGUAUCCCCCUCUGAUACGGAGGAGACUGAAAGUGAAGAAGACACUAGGGCCUUUCAAGAUGCUGCUCAUGGCGAUGCCGGUGUCUAUUAAAUUACUAUUUUAAAUUGGGAGCUACUUAAAUAAAGAUACCAAAACCAUCUUUUUAUGAAGAUAUUUUGUAUAAAAGUGUGAUUUAUUUA